GCGCACCAGCCCACCUGCCACGCCGGCGCCACCUCUCUCCCGCGCUUUCUGGGGCCAAUGGUUCCUCGUCCUGAUCGCCUCCCAGCACCUGGCUUCCGAGCUGCAGGGCGCUGGGACCGGGGACCGCCGCGCGCCAUGGAGCCCGUCGGGUCUGCGCUGGGGCUUCUCCUGCUGGCCCUGGUCGUACUGCGGGGCGGUGCCGGGGCACCGGUUCCUGCUGGGACUCAGGACGAUGCUCCUCUUCACUAUGGUUUCAACAUUAGUUUUAAUGGACAACAGCGGUGUACGGCCAAAGUGUUCAUGGAUAGAAUGGUAAUCCUUGAAUAUGACUGUUACAAUAAAAAUGUCACAUCUGAGAACCAGGGGGUAAUGACCACAAAUGUCUCGAAACAUAUGAAAGAUACACUGAAAGAUGUGGGGGACAAGAUGAGAAGGAGACGACUUGACUUAAAAACCGGAAAAACAUGCGGAGCUUCCAGCAUCCUGCAGGUCAGGCUGCAGUGUCAGAGUGCUGCCAGUGGAACCGUCUGUGGACCCUGGGAGUGUCGUUUGGGUGGACGGAGGUUUCUGGUCCUUUACCCGGGGAGCGGAGAGUAUAAAGCGGAUAAUUCCUGUGGUGAUGAGAUGAAAAAGAUGUGGGAGAAGGAUGAGGAAGUGAACAAGUUCCUCAAGAAGACCUCAGAGGGAGACUGCACAACAUGGCUCGGAGGCUUGGACAGGAAGAAAGUGCUGGGGACCACAGCUGCACCAACCAUGGCCGCAGCCUCAGCCUCAUCACCCACAGUUUCAGCCACAUCAACCACGGCCACAACUACAGUCCCAGCCCCAUCCAAUGCCACUAAUAGCCAGAACAACAACAUCUUCUGGAUCAUUCUUCCUCUGACUCUUCUCAUCUUCAUCCCACCAGUCUUCGUACUCGGGUACAUUUGCUAUAAAAGCAAGGUCAGCCAGGCCUGCAGUGGGAGGUGUGCAGACUCGCUGUGGUGGACCGACCCUCACUGGAGGCAGGAGCCCUUGUGGAACCGAAUCAGAGAAGAGGGCUUUGCAGCCCCUCUGUGA